AGACGACACCCCGGUGGCCACCGCCAAGAACAUGCCUGGGGACAGCGCGGACCUGUUUGGGGACGGCGCGGCGGAGGACAGCGGCGCGGCCAACGGGCGCCUGUGGCGCACGGUCAUCAUCGGGGAGCAGGAGCACCGCAUCGACCUGCACAUGAUCCGGCCGUACAUGAAGGUGGUCACGCACGGAGGCUACUACGGCGAGGGCCUCAACGCCAUCAUCGUGUUCGCCGCCUGCUUCCUCCCCGACAGCAGCUGCGCGGACUACCACUACGUCAUGGAGAACCUCUUCCUCUACGUCAUCAGCAGCCUGGAGCUCCUGGUGGCCGAGGACUACAUGAUCGUGUACCUGAACGGCGCCACGCCGCGCCGCAGGAUGCCGGGCCUCGGCUGGCUCAAGAAGUGCUACCAGAUGAUCGACAGGAGGUUACGGAAGAACCUGAAGUCGCUGAUCAUUGUGCACCCGUCCUGGUUCAUCCGCACGGUGCUGGCCGUCUCCCGCCCCUUCAUCAGCGUCAAGUUCAUCAACAAGAUCCAGUACGUGCACAGCCUGGAAGACCUGGAGCGGCUCAUUCCCUUGCAGCACGUGCAGAUCCCGGACUGCGUGCUCCAGUACGAGGAGGAGCGGCUGAGGGCGCGGAGAGAGAGCGCCAGGCCCCAGCCUGAGUUUGUCCUGCCCAGAUCCGAAGAGAAGCCGGAGGCAGAGCUGGCGGAGGACAGGUCCGCUGCGGCCACGGACGACCAGGAAACCAGCCUGUCCUGAGGUGGCGAACGUCUGGGGAAGAACGCGAGAGUCCAGAAGCCGAGAAACCUCCGUCCGACCCCAGCCCGGCUGUCCCCCCGCCUCGCCUCGCCUCGCCUCGCCCCGAGUCCCGGUCUCCCCGCGCCGGCCCCGCGCCGGCCCCGCAGCCCGCGUCCUCUGCUCUUGGAAGCUCCUGACCGAAGCAGUAUCCGCGCCUUCCGGAAAACCAGCCCGGCUCUCGGCUCCACCCUCCACCGCCCGCAGCUCCGCCCCCGCAGAGCGCGCGCCUCCUCCCGCCCACCCAGCAGAGCGCGCGCCACCUCCCGCCCACCCAGAGGAGCGCGCGCCUCCUCCCGCCCACCCAGCGGAGCACCCACCUCCUCCCGCCCACCCAGCGGAGCGCGCGCCUCCUCCCGCCCACCCAGCGGAGCGCGCGCCUCCUCCCGCCCACCCAGCAGAGCGCGCGCCUCCUCCCGCCCACCCAGAGGAGCGCGCGCCACCUCCCGCUGACCCGGCAGAGCGCGCGCCACCUCCUCCCCACCCAGCAGAGCGCGCGCCACCUCCCGCCCACCCAGCGGAGCGCGCGCCACCUCCCGCCCACCCAGAGGAGCGCGCGCCUCCUCCCGCCCACCCAGAGGAGUGCGCGCCUCCUCCCGCCCACCCAGAGGAGCGCGCGCCACCUCCCGCUGACCCGGCAGAGCGCGCGCCACCUCCUCCCCACCCAGCAGAGCGCGCGCCACCUCCCGCCCACCCAGCGGAGCGCGCGCCACCUCCCGCCCACCCAGAGGAGCGCGCGCCUCCUCCCGCCCACCCAGAGGAGUGCGCGCCUCCUCCCGCCCACCCAGAGGAGCGCGCGCCACCUCCUGCUGACCCGGCAGAGCGCGCGCCACCUCCUCCCCACCCAGCAGAGCGCGCGCCACCUCCCGCCCACCCAGAGGAGCGCGCGCCACCUCCCGCCCACCCAGAGGAGCGCGCGCCUCCUCCCGCCCACCCAGAGGAGCGCGCGCCUCCUCCUCCCCACCCAGCGAGCCCUUGCUGGCCGGCGCGCGGCUCAGGCUCCUGACCCUCUCUCGCCUGGCCCCGUCCCGAGGGGGAGCCGCAGACGCCAGCCAGCGCCGUGGCUCGGUCUGGAUUUGUUACUGUGCCUUUUCCUUCCAGACGCCAACCCCGGGGCGCCCUCACCCCCUCCCCGCCUGCAGCCCACAGCCCGGGUGGGCGCUCAGCCCCUGCGACCCCCAACUCCCCUGGCGGCUGUAGAACCACGCCCUCCCCUCAGUCUAGAACAUUCUUAAGCCCCUUGACCUUGGAUGCCUCCCCAGGGGGAAUUCCCGGCCAGCACCUCCUUCCGCCUCCUAUGAGCUGGGCCCAUGGCCCCGGCCAGCUCCUGAUGAGAGCUGGUCAUCUGGAGACAGGAGGACACGGGGCAGUGGACACUCUUGGCACUCGGGAAAAUUGGUGAUCGCCGUGGCCACCUGUGUCCCAGGCCCGGCCCACGAGGCCAGUCUCCCGUGGGAGAAAGACAGACGUUCCCCACGUGGUCUGAGCCCUGUUGAAGCUGUGAGCUGGCGGACCUGGAGCCCUGGGGGAGCAGCCGGUCGGUGCCCGCCGGCAGUGCCCAGCCCCGGUCCCACCAAGCUGAACCGGCAUGUUUUCUGGGCCCUCCUUCCGCCUCUGACGCUAGUUCUUAGCAGAGCCCGGAGAGGGUGGGCCAGUAGCCCUAGGUGCCUGCGAUGGUGGGGGGAAGGCUUGCAGAGGGAGCCGGGGUGCCCAGCGCCGAGUCAGGCUAGCGGGCCGGCGCCAAAUGCCAGCAGCCACAGCCGGAGCCCUGCAGUGCCCACCAUGGGGGUGGGGCCAGGCUGGGCCGAGGACACUUCUGCCUUCCACGUCGUCCAGGAGAGGCUGGGACACGUAGGGGCCUGAUGGGUUGUUGGGUGGGGGGGUCUUCAAUUUGUGUUUGCUGAGGAUGAGGGCAGGGGUCGUGUCCAGGGCUGGAUGUGUCCGCUGGGGCCUGAGGCAGCAGGAGGUGGCCACAAGACUCCCAGGGCUGUCCCCGAGGCCCCGUCCCCUGGGAGCGCCCUGCCCCCACUCUGCUCCCUAAGUGGACGUGCCCGGAGCUGCAGCUGUGGUGGCCCGGCCCGUCUGGGGUCCCCACGCAGCCCGGAAGACUCCGAGGGGCUGUCCCACCCCCACCUCCAGCGGAGGAGUGUCCACCCAAGCCAGCCCGUGGGACAGAAGCGGCCACGUGUGCCCCCCAACUGUGACAGCGGCCAUCGGGUCUCCCUGGCGCGUGGGGAACCAGCAGGCAGGCCAUCCAGUGCCUACGCCGACACCGCGGCGACCCAAAGUCUCCUCGUCGCCCACAAGAGCUGCCACGGGCACCCCCGUGUGACGCCCCUUCCAGGUCACCAGCAGCCACGGGGAAGAUGGAGGCCCCGGGGCCAGCCGCUGCCACAGAGGGGAGAAGCCCGCGCAGGUCAGCCCACGCAGGGCCGGCCGCCACGUGCGCUGCCCAAGGCCUGGGUUCCUGACCAGUCUGGGCCCAAAUGCAACGGACCCGGAGCCCGGUCACUGUCCGGCGGGGCUGCAGCCUCCGGCUGUCAACAGGGACUCGUUCCCCAACACCCCCUCCCCCGCCGCCGCGGGGACUCCUGGCCCCCACGCCCCUCCGCCCGACGACAAGGACGAAGACGGGGCCGAGUUCUGCGGAGCUGGGUCCUGGGGAGACCUGCGCCCGUGAGCUGGGGAGGGGUUGACAUGGACACAGUAAAGCACGCGCCGGUACCGUC